AUGCGCCGAUUGACUUCGUAUAUAAGAUUUGCAUCGUUAUCAAUGCUAGUUGCCACAACUUUACUUACGGUCACUUUCAUUCAUGAGCUAUACAGACCGGAGGUGGAAGUUGCAUCCAAUGAGGUGCCUUUUGACCAUGAAUCACUGGCACACCGGAUUCUUGGCAAUGAUGAGGAUGAUACUCAUAAAGAGCAUGUGAUCGGACGCCAAAUAAAGGCGAAGACCAAGUAUUCUGUCACAGUCAACGCGCCAUUUCAUAUUAACAACAAGAACGUUUGUCGAGGAGUAGAUAAAGUUUCUGUCCUUGUGGUGGUGCAUACAGCGCCAAGUCAUUUCUUCAUCCGCUCUGAAAUGAGGCGGACGUGGCUCAACACAACAUUCUACAGUCCAGAGAGUGUGAGAGUCGUUUUCUUGCUCGGGCUAGUGAAAAACUCUACUCUGCAGAUGGAGCUGGAAACAGAAUCAAACAAAUAUCAUGACAUCGUACAAGGCAGUUUCAUAGACUCUUAUCGUAAUCUCACAAACAAAGGAGUGAUGGGGUACCGCUGGAUCACUGAGAAUUGCAUGAAUGCAGAGAUGGUCGUCAAAGUUGAUGACGAUGCUUUGAUAAAUUUCUUCAAAUAUUUUGAGGAAAUUCGAAACAAUUUAGUACCUAAAAAGAAACACAUAUUUUGUAAUCGAAUUGAGCCAAAUACAAUGCCGAUUAUCCGUAAACGCAAUAGCAAGUGGUACGUUCGUGCAGACGAAUAUAAGUCGUUUUCUAUGUACCCCCACAUGUACUGCAGCGGCUUUGUCGUAUUCAUAUCGACGGAUUUGGUACCAGCCCUAUUUCACGCCGCCAUCGCAUCACCUUUCUUUUGGGUAGAUGAUUUCUUCCUGUUUGGUUUACUGCCUUCCAGGGUAAAAAAUGUCACCUUUGAUAAUUUUGGAAAAAAAUUAACUUUUAGUCAUCCAGAAGGCUUAAAAUGUUAUAAAGAAAAACAUUCAAACUGUACAUAUAUUGUAAUGCCAGCCAAAAACAAAGAAAUUGACGUUAUGUGGAAAGCGGUGAUAGAGGGUCGUACACAGAGUAGUUAUGGAUACUAUUAUAUGCGUCUGGACCCCUUGAAUCCCGUGGUAAUGCCAAAGGCCUGA